AUCCAUAUAACCAUGUCAUAUAACCAUAUUGCAUUUCCACUUGUGACCAAGUUUAUACUACGAACAGCUGUACGCAGCAACAACAAAAACAAACAAACAAAAUAUAGUAUUAUGAAUGAAUUAACCGUCAGAGUGAGUGUGUUGGCAUUAAAGUUGCUUACAAAACUCACAACUAAAAAGCUACAGCUGGGCAGCUGUUCAGAACUACAAAAUGUUGAAAGCUGGAAAACUUUUUGGGAGCUUGAUUGGAUCCGCGGGCGGCCGCAUCGCCUUGCGGGAAGUGCACCUGAAACGCCGUGAGGUCUAUUUGCAAUGCUUUCGCAUCCUGGGCGUCUGCGAGGGCGCGGAUCAGAACACCGUGCGUCAGGCGUAUUUGGAUUUGGUGAAACGCGUCCAUCCGGACUCUGGAUGCGACGAGGCCAGUGCCGAACGCUUCCAACAGGUGGACGAGGCCUUCAAGCUGCUGCAGGAGAAGUUCGCGAAGGGUCGCCGCAACAUCCAGGAGGACGAGGAGCAAGCCAUGGAGUUUGACAUCAAGCACACGGCCCCACAGCACCGACAGUAUCUUUCCAACGAGGGCAUUGGCGUAGGCACCCCCUUUCAGCGCCAGAAACAGUACCAGCAGGUGCGCGCCAUGAAGGCCCAAGAGCGUGUACUCGAGCAUCGCAUCGACAAGGCGGCCGCCGGCGACAGCGACCUCAUAUCCAAGGAGGGAAACCAUUUUCAGAAGCACGCCAUCAAAACCAAAUACGGCAUUGAUCGUGUGGUGGAGGAUCUCAUCCAGGAGGCCAUGUCCAAGGGCGACUUUAACAAUCUCAACGGCUCUGGCAAGCCCCUGUCCUCCGCCCAGUCGCAGAACCCCUACCUGGACUUUACCACCCACAAACUGAACAAGAUAAUGCUCGACAAUGGCUUCACACCGGAAUGGAUCACCCUCGGCAAGGAAAUACGCGAUGCACGGAUGCAGCUGUUGAAGACAGUGCGCCAGGAGCGCGUCUACUACGGCGAUUGGCCGCUACAGAAUGCCGAAGAGCAGGCCGCCUGGCUAAGGUUCACCCAAGACCACGAGGAGGAGGUCCAGGAGCUGAACAAGAUGAUUGAUAAGUACAAUCUGAUUGUGCCCAUACUCAAGAAUCAGUUCUUUCGCUAUCGCCUGGACCGCGUGGCCGCCAUGGUGUUUAAGGAGCCGGACUUAAAACGUAAUCAGAAGCGUCCUGCAGUCCAAUACAAAGCGAAGGAUGAGCAGUCGGAAAACACUUUCAAAAGCAAUAUUUUCGACCUGAUUACCCGUCUUUUGUGAUUGAUAUCGAAUAUGAAAGCAUCCCCCCGUGAUAUUAGUUGUAGAGAAUACGUUUAAAUAUUUUGAAUAGGUUUGUUAUCUAUAAAAAACAUGGAAUCCAGUCUUAACCAAAAGAGAAAUUGUUUGUCACUAUAAAAAUAAUCCCUUGGAGGGCGUCAAAAACUUA